UAUAAAAAGAAGUUACAUUUCCUUGGUAAUCUUAUAACUCAAGAGCCGCCGAACCGAUUGACACACAAAUUUUAGAGUUCUUUUCUAUCUUUGAGGAGGUGGUUUGUGUGAAGUUUGAUUGAAAUCGGUGCAGCCGUUCCUGAGUUAUGACAUUUUACGCUUAUGAGCGUUUCUGUUGUACUGUUGUGGUUGUAAGUGUAUUAUGUUAAUAUUAAUUUGCUGUCGUUGGAAUUCAGUUUUUGCAAAUAUAUUUUAUUGGUGAUGAGAAUCGUGAAUUAGAUCAGCGCUGUGCAAUUUCGACGAAUACGAGAAGAUCAAUCGUGAAUGAAUUGCAAAUAAAGUUCCAUCAACACAAUGAAUUGGUGAAAUUGUUCAAAGUGGCACUCGAUCUGAUGCCCACCGAUGGCCACAAAAUCAUAAUAAAAGCCGAUAAAACACCAAUUGGGGAGCACGCCAGACGAUUCAAUGUACCAACGAUUGAUGAAGUAGCCAUUGUUGUGGUUGGUGAACAGUUUCGGUCACGAGAAAUUGUUUUGUAUCGUAGAAAUGAGCAAUUACAACGUAUUUCAGAACUCCAUCGCUGUUAUGAUGCAUUGCAAUACCCCAUUUUGUUUUGGAGAGGGGACGAUGGCUAUCAUAUCAACAUACCAAUGAUAAAUCCAACAACUGGUCAAAAAUCAACGAAAACCGUCAGUGCGAUGAAUUUUUAUUCGUAUCGAUUGAUGAUUCGCCCUCAAGAAAACAAUUUUAUUUUGCGAUGCAAUCAACUUCCGCAUCAAAAUAUCGUCGAUAUGUACGCCAAAAUUGAAAGUGAGCUAUUCAAUUUCAUCCGUCAGAGUCAAGCCCGAUUAAGAUCAGAGGAAUACAUACAUUUGCGUGACGCAGUAAUCAAUGAUACAUUUAUCGAUUUGCAAGUCAUUUUGGACGAAAAUAUAAUAAAAAAUUUAAUGCUCCAGGAGCCCUUGGAAAAACAUUUUUAACUUUAUUUAUUUUAGCAUAAUUUAUUUAGCGUAAAAAAUUGAAAUGGAAAUUAAAGAAUCAAAGUUUAAUUACAAGUUUUUAUCGGCUCUUUCACCUUACCUGUAUAUAGGUGACCACCACAAUCAAAUUUUAAAAAGUACAGUGGGCUUCGCACCACCAUACAUAAAAUGUUUUUUUUAUAUCGCAAGAAAUUUUUCAUAUUAAGUUUUCUUUAUAGAACUCGUAAAAUGUUUAAACAGUUUAAUUAGUUGAUUUUUUUCAUUCAACACACUUUCUAAAGAUGUCACAAGAAAUAAAUGAAAGUGAUUUGAGGGGUUCGUUUUUUAAGUAUUUGAAAUAGGUCUUGUAAUUUAUUUGUGUUUGAUAUCCAUUUCAAGCGCUUAAUUGCCUUCAGAUCUAGAGUGUAAAGUGUAUUUUAUCUACAUUUAUUUUGGAAAUGAAUAAAUGGCUUUGAUACGCUAUAACUAAUAGACUCAUCACAAUGUGUCCGUUGAGGCUUUGAACUUCACUGACAGCUAUGUAGAUAGGCUAUAUGUAUUUGUUUCAUGAUUCAAUUAUUAAAGGUUUGCUCACUUUUGACAUUAGAAUUCUGACACUCCCUUAC